GCUAUAAAACGUGGGUUGCUCUGUAAAGGAAUCAUUGUGUACCUGACAGUCAGUACAAGCAAUUACCAUGUCUUCCUUUGCCUUCCUCAUCCUCGCCGUGCAGGCUUGCCUGCUCCAGACUGUAUAUAGCCAGUGCCUGGGCUCAUACGGAUAUGGUGCUGAACUCGCCGCCCCCUUCGGCCUAGCCGGCCCGUACGGCUACGGCGCGGAGAUCGCCGCUCCCUGCGGCCUCGCCGGCUCCUACGGCUACGGCGCUGAGAUUGCUGCUCCCUUCGGCCUCGCCGGCCCCGGCUACGGCUUCGGUCCCUACGCCGCUGGUCCCGCUUACGGCGGUGCCGGUAUCGGUGAGGUUGCUGUAGCCGGCGAGCUGGGAGUGGCCGGUAACACCGCCGUGGCCGGCCAGGUGCCCAUCCUCGGCGCCGUGGAGUUCGGCGGCAUCGUGCCCGCCGGCGGCGCGGUCUCCAUCGGCGGCAGCUGCGCCUGCGGCUGCAACGGCCCCUACUUCUACUGAACAUCCCACCUAAGACCUACAACAUAAAAUAUAAUAAACCAUGAUUCCCGA